AUGUGGUAUCUGGUGGGGAAGUCGGCGCCGCAGGACGUGCUGAACAAGCUCGUGUACGUGAGCGUGACGCACGAUGCGCGGAUCCAGAAGAUCGACACUGUGCGGGCGUAUAAUGCUGGCGAGAAGUUCUAUGCCGAGGUGGACAUUGUGAUGGCCGGGACCGAGCAUCUCAAGGUCACGCACGACGUGAGCCAGAGCUUGCAGCGGAAAUUGGAGGGGUUGUCGGAUGUGGAGCGGGCAUGUGUCCACGUCGAUUAUGAGGCCGAGCACGACGCCCAUGAGGAGCACAGGGCUCUGUAUAAGCGGGCGAGAAAGGCCGAGGAGCAGAGGGUGGAGGAUGCUACGGGGAGACCGGAAAAUGAGGCGAAGAAGGGCGUGUUUGCGAGGUUGCCGAGGUGA